AUGCGGAACAACGUCGUUCGCCAAGUGGAUGGCACAUCACCAGAUGUCACCAUCCUCGCAUCGCCUCAGCGAGCGUUGCACCUGGUUCAGCGCUUCGAAUCCCUCCUCGCCCACCACACGCAGCUGCGUCUCAACGUCGCCAAAACAGCCCUUUGGAAUGAGGCAGGAAUGGCCCCCGAUGGCCUGGAGAGCCUGCUGCUAGAAAGUCGGGUGUGGCACGGUGACCACGCUCUUGAACCCUCCUCCCGCGGGUUGGUGUUGCUGGGCACCCCUCUCGGUUCGCCGCAGUUCAUCGCCAAUCACCUCCAGGCGUUGAGUGCCCGCCACACAGAGCUCUCCCGCGCGUUGCCGCGGCUUGGUGAUACUCAGGCUUUGCACUUGGCGCACAACCGAGUCCAGCAGCGGGCUUGGUCCUCGGCUACUUGGCGGGCAUGUGGCCAGGCAUUGCAGGCAGUGGUGCACAUGGCAGAGGUGGCGGCGGCAGCGGAGGCCGCCGAGCUGAGCGCAGCCGCUCUCGCAGCCGAUCUCUGGACAGCUACUCGCCGCCCCCUGGCCGCGAGUCGCCAGGCAGGGAGAGGGCAGCGGGCAGGCCCCCAGCAGCUCCACGGGCUGACCUUCGCCGCAACGAGCCGCAGCCACUGCGCAGGCGAGGCAGCCGAGGUGGAGGUGGACGCAGAGUACCUCACCACAGCUGCCGUGGCGCGGAAGGCAACGUGCACAGCACCGCUACACAAGUGUCGGCGUCGACCCGUGGAAAAAGUGCCGGGGGUUGAAGCGGGCUGCCAGGUUGCUGCAGAGCAGCCGGGGCCCUCCACGCUGGCCGACGAGCUGCUGCAACAACGGGCUCGCGCAGCUGAUGCAUUGGCACGCGCGCGGACCAGCCUUCCCCCCUUCCCGCCGCUCCCUCCGCCUGAUUUGUCGGCCGCGACAAAUGCUCCCAUCGGUGGACGUGCACUCGACGAAGCAGACACGCUGUCGGAUACGCUUAGUGCCACCACGCCCGUUGCAACACCGCCGCCUCCCAACCGCAGUGUCGCGAUGGUGCAUCACGCGUUGGGACAGAUGCGGCUCGUACCCGCUGCUAUGCGCGACGGGCCGGCUGACGGCGGCAGAGGAGGCAACGCCAGGUUUCACGCCGCCGCCCUCGCCGACAGCACAGCCCGCGCUGCCCCGAUGGCAGGAUGCUCGCCCGCCCGACGCCCUGCCAGAGAUCGCAAUUCCUGGCUGUUUUUUGUGCCGCUGUUGCACGCGGCGACUGGCAACCUAAGCGUGCCGGCCUUGGCAGAUUGGCAAUCUUUGCCGGACGACGCAGCAGGGCGGUUCGACACGCUGGCUGGUGCGCUGCAGGCAGCGCCGCCGGCGGAGCCGAGCUGUCUCGCGCGGCUCCUGCACGGCGUCGCAGAAUGUGAUGCGCAGGAGAUGGGCGCGGCGCCUCUGGGCCUUCCCGCGACGGACGCUGCGCUUGUCGCAUCGUUGCGCGCGCUCCCUGCCGCCCCCAUCCCUCUCGCAACGGCUCUUCGCCUCGCGCAGGCCCCGGAUGGGUAUGUGUCUGCGGCAGCCCAGUCGGCUUUCUUGAGGCUUAUGGCGGCGCGCCCUUGGCUGCAGCCGCGCGGACUCUGGCCGACGACCUCCGAGCAGCGAUGUCCCACCGUCGACGACACGGACCUCGCGCUCGCCGUCGCCGACGCAGAACAGGGCGUACGCAUGCUGAUGGCAGUGCGGGCCGCGCGAGCGAUGGCGAGCAGACCGGAGUCCCACAAUGCCCGAGCCCCGCCGACUCGCCCGCCGCGAACGCCUGUGCAGGAGGACGCGCGACAGCAGGAGGCCGAGGCGGGCAACGGCCAGGCCGCCAUGGUCCAUCGGCUACGGCGCAGUCGACCCGCCGCCAAGAGCGAGUUCUUGCGCAUAUCGUCGGGCGACCUCCGGGCCACCACAUGCGGCAGGGAGGAAGGCGAUUUGGCGCGCUGCGGUCCACUCCCGCCCGCUCGCAUCCUGCUCCACUAG